AUGACGAUAUCUCCUUUAGCGUUUGCGUGGGUUUCCGCACAUCUUAAACGUCGUGGACUGCCGUGUAAAGACGACAUUAAACCAGUCAAUCAGUUUGAACAUUCAACUAAAACAGUACAAAGUGAAUCCUUUACCACUACCGUUUCCAGUUCUUCUUCCUCUUAUAAUAAUAAUAAUAAUGAUAAUAAUAAUAAUGAUAAUAAUAAUGAUAGUAAAAUACGGAAUUCAUUGCCUCCACGAGAUGAGAUACUCGCUUUGCUUGGACACCGUCUUCUCUCAAGUGAGCCGGCACGGUUAGUGACGAGUCAAGAAGUGGAUGACGUUAUGAAAGGUAAAGAGAGAAGAAGAAAUAACAGCAGCAAUGGUGAGAGUGAGAAUUCCAAUUCAAAUCCACAGAGAAAUUCUCCACAACGUGUGGCCUCUGGAGUAAUUAAAUUUGUCGAACAACAAAUGGAACGAGUGUCGGUGAUGAAUGGAUCUGCACAUGCCUGUUUUGUACUCCACACCGUAUUGACAGCAUGUGUACGGCAUGCCCUUCGCUUUAGUCGAAUGACCGCAUCUACUUCUACUACUUCUACUUCUACUUCUAAUCAUAUGGAUAAUACUCUUGAUAAGAUGAGAGAUGAAGUUUUGGCUUCUCCACAUAUUGACUUUACAUGGUCGCGUAAAUUGGCUGCAGAACACCUUGUAGAAGUAGCGAGGGAUGCUGCGGUACAAAAGAAAUUACGUUCACUAUUAUGGAAGACAGUAGAUAAGGAACAUAAACGAAUUUUACAGGCAGCGACUACACUGUAUAGAGAGAAGGUGGAUGAAAUGAUGAGAUUUGGUGUGGAUGAGAGUGAAGUUCAGCAGUUGUUUGGAAUACCAAAGGAAGUUGUAAAUGCAGCUCAUGAUUUACUUCGUGCCUGUACAUCUAUACAAGAUAUACACAACUAUCAACAUCAAUCACAACAACUCUUAUCUUUUUCAAGUGAUCGUCAUUUUAGUUUUAUUUCAUCAUCUCCACAAUUUGCCUCCUUUUUGAAAGAAUGGGCCACUACAGUCAGUGAGCAGCAAUAUCAUUUACUGCAGAGAGGAAGAAGAGAGGAAUUAAAUACAUUAUUAUUAUCAUCAUCACCCGAGGAGGCUUUAAAACAACAGUGGAUUUCUCUAUUUGUGGAUAUGGUUCGUGUACGAAUGGCUGUUGGAGUAUUAUUACAGUUUGAAAUCCUCGCCAGACGCUGCGCAACAGUUGGUAAAGAGCAGAAAAAGAAAGAAAAAGAAAAAGAAAAAGAAGAAGAGGAAAAACUAAAAGAAGAAGAGGGAGAUAUAUUAAUAUUAGCACAGGAGUUGUGUUCUUUAGCCACUACAGCGGGAUCCCGUGCGUUGGAAACACCACAUCAUCUCAAACGGUUUUCAAUGUUCUUUCGUAUUUCUGUACAGUCUAUAGAUGGAGUGGAGAGGAAUAAAGAUCUUCAUGCGAUAAAGCCGCCUUAUUCUUCACUCAAGUCUGUAUUUGCCGCCAUGUCUCUUGCAGAACCCAAUAUGGAGAAGGAAUUCAUUCCUCAUCAGAAGAAGAAGAAGAAAAAGAAUAAGGAUAAGAAAAAUAAUUCAGACAUUUUAUUGGAUUCAUCACUUUCUUCUGAAAAAAGAGAAACUGAAACGAUUGGACCGCAAAAGAAGGCGUUAUUAAUGGAGGAUGAUUUACUUAUGCAAACCAUCAUGUCAUUACGGCCGCCUGGCGAUAAUAAUCACAACUCUCUCAACACUCCCACAAACACUUCUUCCACUUUAGUCAAAAAAGUGAAGAAAGCCAAUAAAAGUUCAGUAAAAGAUGUGGAAAAAAUACAAUCCUCAUCUCCGAUAACGUGGCACUUUCGCUGUUGUACUUCACCCACUGGAGCUUCUUUUAAUGCCACAACGGCUAUUCCUUGUGGGACAGGUGAGAGAAAAGUGGAAUUGUUGCGACCCUCACGAUAUGUACCGUGGCCCUUUACAUUAGAAGCCAUCGUAAAGAAUGAGAAUAAAAAUGUGAGUGAAUUUAAUCAUAAUCAUAAUGAUAAUAAUGAUGAGGCUAACAAGAAUAAUAAAAACACUAAUAGUGAGAAAUGGAUGUCUGUCAAUCUUGAUAAGGUGCCUGAGAAAUUCACAUAUCCUGCUACCGGCUUAACUGUAUGGAUGCGUUAUCAUAAUCCCACGUGGAUGACAUCCACCGCCUCUUCUUCUUCUUCUUUCACAUCUCUUGAUCUUCAGCAUACAUCGCAGUUGCAGAGGCUUCUGGAGGGUUCUGGUGGGCGACUUAUGUCAAUGAAUGGCUGUCCAGCUGAGAAGAUUUCGUCGUUGAUGCGAAUUGUGCGGCGAGGUGUAAGGCUUGUGGUGCGUUUUCGAUAA